AUGAAGAAGAAGUUGGAGAAUAUGUGGGCAAGAGAGGGCAGAAUUUUUGUGACUGAUUUAGAGAAUGACUAUUUUCUGGUUCUAUUUGAGGAAAAGAAGGACAUGGAUUUUGCCUUCACGGCAGGGCCGUGGUUAAUCUUUGAUCACUACUUAGCAAUCUGGUCCUGGGAACCAGACUUCCAACCUUUUCAGGCAACGAUCAAUAGAAUUGUGGCCUGGAUCUGUCUUCCAGAACUCCCUUUGGAAUACGUUAACAUUGAGUUAGUGAAAAGCAUUGGUAAUUGGUUGGGGAAGUUUGUAAAAGUUGAUGCAGCUACUAGUUCUCUUGCUAGGGGCAGAUUCACAAGAAUGUGUGUUGAAUUGGAUCUUAAUAAGCCUUUUCAAGUGGAAUACAAAGUGGAAGGAAGAGUCAAGAGAAUUGAGUAUGAGGGUCUUCACUUAAUCUGUUAUGCAUGCGGGAAAUAUGGUCACAUACAGAAGAAUUGUCCGAAUAAAUCUAUUCAAGGGGUGGAACAAGGGACAAAUAAGAAGGAAAAGCAUUCAGAAAAUCAAAAGAGUCAAGAAAAUAUUUCUAACUCUACCGAGGAAGAACAUCCCAAUUUUGGGCCUUGGAUGCAAAUGAAAAAGGGAAGGAGGAAUAAAGGGAGCCAGAUUACAAAAGGUGGAAUUUUAAAGGGGAAGGAGGUUCAGAACACCAAAAGAGUUGAAAAUAAAUUUGAAGUGUUGAAAAAUUAG